AUGGACUUUUUACUGAAUAAUACUCUUACAGACUCUGUUGGCGAUGUCACGACGCAGGAUCCUCGAUCAAGAGGUGGUGUAUUCCUUCAAGCUGCCUCUAUGGUGGCUAUAAUACUUGUUGCGUUGGGGGGCAAUCUACUCAUUCUGGCGGCCAUUUACAUCGACAAAACUCUGCAAACAAUUACGAACGCGUUCAUAAUCAAUCUAGCCUGCGCCGAUUUAUUACUUACUAUGAUCGGGAUGCCUUUUACACUCGCCUCAUCCAUCACUUAUGAUUGGAUCUUCGGGGACAAGUGGUGUAAGGUCAACGGUAUGGCCAACUCUUUGUUUUGUAUCGCUUCGAUUCUCACGCUCGCAGCGGUGUCAAUUGAUCGAUACUGUGCAAUUCUCUAUCCUUUUAAGUACGGUACGUGGAUAACGAACAAAGUUGCCGCUGGAAUGAUUACUUAUAUAUGGUUCCAUGCCUUACUUACGGCUUGCCUACCACUCACCGAUUGGACGCAGUACACUUUUAUACGAUCCGAGUCUAUCUGCACUGUUGAGUGGGGGUACAGUAUUUCUUACACAAUAUUUCUAUUUUCCGUGUGCUUUUUCUUGCCACUUGCCAUAAUGAUGGUGACAUAUUUAAAGAUUUUUCGCACAGCCAAGAUGCAAUCGAGGAAAGUUGUCCCAAUUACGGGUUCAAUUGGAGUGAAGGAGGAACCCAGCUCAAGUGAAUACUCUGGUUUCCGAGACGAUAGUCAAACGCAUUUGAACUCCACAUCAAAAGAUCCGCACUCUGUUUUAUCAGUCCAAGAUCUGGGCAAAAGUCAGAGUUCAAUAAACAGCGACGUGUACGACGAAAAAUUCUUAUCAGGUCGUCAAACACCGAUGAUAAUUUACGACGAACGAAAAGAGGUCACGACAUCAUCUUUUAAAAUGACAAACACUAGCGAUCAACCUUCUAAGGAUUCUGGUUUUGAAGAGGGAGGUUCAAUAAGUUAUCUAAAACCAAGGAGAACUUCAAGCGAAUACGGAAGCACAGAUAGGGGAAGCAUUUUGAAUAGCAGUUGUGAAAGUGUACAAGAUUCAGCUAUCUUAUCGAACGAACCAAUCUGUGACAACAUACACGAUCGACAGUGCGCAUCAACUCUACUAGACAGUGCGUACGUGGACAUACCGCCUCCUAAAUCAAAUACCAACACCAUGAAAAGGAAGACUGGUGCCAUUUAUUUACCUCCUCUUCAAAAUGUGAAAGGAAAAGAGGAAAUGGAAUCAAUUAUGCAACAUUUUAAUGAACCUCGUGCAGAUUUAGGGAAUUUAAACAGUUACAAGUCAAAUGUAAACGAAUCAACAAAUGACAGUGACGCAAAUAAUACGAACGAAUACCCUUCAUAUGCUAUGAAAACGGAUGAUAACUUAGAAAUAAGAAGGUCUUGUCGGUCAAAUAGCCUUUUAGUCGGGGCGAUUGUACAACCGCGACAAAAUAGAGCCUAUAGUGACUCAGAUUUUGCCAGGCAAUCGUCGCAAAUUCCUGUAGUUGUUUCUCAAUGUUCAUCUCAAAGUUCGUUUGCUUUCUCGUCAAAAAGCGUUCGAGAGGGUAGCAAAGCCUCUCCCACAAUGCGUAGAAAAAAGUUUUCAACUGUUUCUAUCACCACUUUAAAGAACUUUGCGGGGCCAAACGCGUUUAGAGCAUUUAGCAAAUCAAAACUUGCGCUUGAUAAACUUCGAAAAAAGAAGGACGUACAAGCCCGAGCGAAAAUGCGACGUGAAACCAAAGCUGCUAAGACUUUAUUGAUUGUAGUAGGCACAUUCGUGUUGUGCUGGACACCUCACUUUAUAGGAAUAUUUUGCCUCUUAUUUGAAGGCUGUUCAUGGCCGGAUGAAUUCUUUGCUAUCACCACUUGGCUUGCAAUGUUGAACUCUGCCUGCAAUCCUGUUAUUUAUGGAGUAAUGAGCCGGCAGUUUAGGAAGCGAUUCAAGCAGAUUUUACAGUGUAAAAGAGGUUUCUUUUGA